ACAUGUUUUUGUCCAUUGCAACAAGCUCUGUAGCGAACCUAAAGCUCUCCUUGCUCCAACAUCACUAUCUAAGUGACUCCAGGAAAAAUAGAGUACCCAAAUCUGUCAAGAUAAUAAACUCAAGAAGGUGUGAGUGUUUUGAUCUCUACGACCAAUUGGUUCCGUACAAGAAGGCCUGGUCAUGGCAAAAAACCAUUGUCAAGGAGAAAUUAGCUCUGAUCGAUAGAAACCAAGACUGCCCAGAUUCACUGAUUCUGUUACAACACUCCCCUGUUUACACAAUGGGAACUGGAAGUUCAGAGGAUUAUCUCUAUUUCGACAUAAAGAAUGCUCCUUUCGAUGUUUAUCGAACAGAACGUGGCGGUGAAGUCACUUACCAUGGCCCUGGUCAGCUAAUCAUGUAUCCUAUAAUCAAUCUCCGGAAUCACAAGAUGGAUCUUCAUUGGUACCUUAGGAAACUCGAGGAGAUAGUCAUUCGUGUUCUUUCCUCUGCUUUCUCCAUCAAAGCUUCUCGUCUUGAUGGUUUAACCGGAGUUUGGGUGGGCGAUGAAAAAGUGGCGGCGAUAGGUAUCCGUGUGUCGAAAUGGAUGACAUAUCAUGGUCUAGCUCUUAAUGUCACAACAGAUUUAGCACCUUUCAACUCUAUAGUACCGUGUGGGAUAAGAAACCGCCGUGUUGGAAGCAUAAAGGGUUUGAUCGAGAACGGAGAAUCUGAUAAGCUUGAGGAUUCGAAGUUGAUAGAUUUAGCUCACGAGUCGUUACUUAAGGAGUUCUCAGAAGUUUUUCAGCUUCAAAUCGAAAAGCAAACAGUUACGGAUCGGAUGGCUAUGGAGUCUGCUUUCUCCAUGAGUUUCUGCUCCUUCUCUGUUCCCAAAGCAAUCUCCUUUGAGAGAGAAACCUUAUCUGCUCACCGAAUCAUCAUGUUGGGAGCAAAGGGAACUUCGAGUGAUGGUGAAGUUCAAAGCUUUAUCGAACCGAAGAAAAGGGUAAGCUCUGAUUACAAAAAGGUUUACAAAGAUGAGAAAGUUGAGACCAAAGCCAAGGAAACUGCUCAUAAAAAGUUUCUUAAAAAACCCAGAUGCUUGGAAUGGUGGCAGAGUAACAGCAAGAAGACUUUCUCGCCCCAUGGAAGACGAUUCAACAAAGAU